AAAGUAAGGAAGAUAUAGGAAUAGGUCGCGCCUCCUCCCAACCUGCCCCGCUCUCUCUCUCUCUCUCUCUACCAAACAGUGCACACACUCCUCUUUCGCUCUCUGAUUGUGCCAAAAAUCAGCAAUUUUCUCUUUCUUUCACUACUCCUUUUCUCCAUUUUUUUUCUUUGUUCUUAAACAAUAUAAACACACGCGCUUACAUAUCACUCCCUAUCUGCGUGUGUGGGGCUGAAUCCUUUGCGUAUAUUUCAUCGAUGAUUCAAUUCUCGGGUAAUGUGAAAUGGUUUAGUGUUUGAUUACUUGGAAUUAGAUUUUUUUCGUUGUCUGUCUUUCUCCUAUUCCCAUCUGAUUUAGGUUUCCUUUUGACAUAACGUAAUAGCGUAUUGAUUUUGCCUUGGGAUGUACAAUUAUUGUUUUGCUUUUUUUCCCCGUGUAGUACACCAUUCUAUCCUGAUCUUGCUUCAAUCAAAGGUCUGUCCUUUUAUUUUUCUUAUUUUUUCAGCUUCUUCUUCUUCUUUUGGGUGCAUAUACACACAUAUUUGUACGAAUUUAGCAUACGGGUUGCUGUAAAUUUUGUAAUUUUCUGAGCUUUUUAGUGUCCUUUUUCAAAAAAUAAUUGAGGGUUUCUUGUGGAUAAACAAUGGCCUUAAAUCAAGAAGAAAAAUUGUUUUCUGAAGAAAAGCUUGAUGAUGAGUGUUCAAUUGAUGAAUUUCUGGAUGGAAAAGAUAAAAAUCUGGAACAAUCUGUUGAAUCUAAUUCCGAAAAGGUGUGUGAAGAUAUUGGUGAUAUUUUGCCUAAUGAUCCCUUUGGUAUGGGGGUUACUAUAGGUUUACCUACUGAUCCAUUUGGCAUGGAUUUCAAUAUUGGUGCCACUGUCACUGCAAUAACGGGUUGGAUUGAGGAUAUUGAGAAGGAUUUUGGGAGAAAGAGUUCUGGGUUUGAGAGGGGUGAGGCUUCUGAGGAUAAAAAGACCAAUAACAAAUUAUUUUCCGAGCUGAAUUUUAUUUUGAACAGCUCUGUGAAGUUUGAAUCAGAAGUCGGAGAUGAAAAGGGAAUCGAUCAAAACUCAGUUGAUUCAGUUAUGGAUUCUGAUAAUGAUUUGGAUCAUGAUUUAUAUGAACACCACCUGUCGGGUGGUAAUAUAGAGGAGUUAAUAUGUUUUGGAUGUGAAAAAUUGAUUGAUGAGAAGAAAGCACACGAACUUGUCACAAACUAUAAUGAUGGCAAUGAAGGUGCUCCACCUGAUGCUUUGUUCUUUGCACUUGGUUAUCUUGGUGUGAGGGACCUAUUUUCUGUUGAAAGAGUUUGCAAAUCUUUGCGGUAUGCUGUUCAGAAUGAUCCCCUUUUGUGGAGAGAUAUUCAAAUAGAUUACCCAUUGAAUGUUAAUAUCACUGAUGAUGCUCUUGUGGAGUUAACAGACAGGGCUCAAGGUGGUCUUCGCAGCCUCAACCUUGUUGACUGCUUCAAGAUCAAGGAUUCUGGUCUGAAAAGGGUGCUCGAAAAAAAUCCGAGGUUGACCAAGGUUUGUAACCAUAAAUGGAAUCUUUGUUACCGUAUCUGCUGUCACAAUGCUUCAUUUAUUUAUUUUCAUUACAUUUUUUUUUCUUUUUUUGUACCCUCUGUGUUUUUCAAUGUGAGUAUUGUACAUCUAUAACUCUAUAACUAGCUACUUAACUGGAUGAUCUAUUUGCUGUUGUGAACUAUAUUUUAAUUGAAUAGGAAUUAUGAAAUUUUGUGUUGCAUCUUGUAGAUUGUUUGUACCUUGACAACAUGUUUUGUAUCCAAUAUAAGACAAGGUUGGAUGGGAGUAUAGCAUAAAAAAGAAGUUAAAAUCUUUUCUGUUGUAUUUGCUGGAACUCAAGCUUCAUUUAUUUAUUUAUUAUUAUUAUUUUUUUUUUGCCACAAUACUUCUAUGUUCUUGUGCAUCUUAUAAUUGUAUAUUUUCCUUUGUAUUGUACAUCUUAAACUCGCUGCCUAACUGGUUGAUCAAUUUCCUAUGCUGAAUGGUAUUUUAAUUAUGUCGGGAUGAUGGAGCUUUAAAUUGUAUCUUGUACCUUGUUUAAGAAAUACACUAUUUGUUUGAUAGUUUCUUUUAUUGAUAGGAGGAAAGAAAGCACACAACAAUAAAGGAUU